GUGGAAGUAAACAUUCCGCGGGGCAGUUCACAGCAGCUGACUAAUGCUGGCUUCUUAUCACACAUUAUUUUUCAACUUUAAGGUCUAAGGAAGUUUAUCGCUUCGUAGUGUCAAAUAGUCAACCAGAAUAACCUCUUACCAGAGUUGAUAUCGGAUAUAUUCACAAGCAGUAUCGGAUGAAUAGUGGACAGUUGUGUGAAGGUUGAUUUGUGUUAUCGUGAUGCUCUACAACACCAAUCAGCAUACACUGAUUGGGACUGUCAGGUUCUUGUCUAGAACCAGUAGACAGUUCUCUUGGACAUCGUUGAACACGUGUUGGCAAUGCUUUUAUAUCUUCCUUUUCAGCUGAUAUUUUCCUAUCUACUGUGCAUAGUGGUUAUCGAUGGAUUCCGAAUCACCGGGAUUAAUUUGACGGAGGAAUUUCGUGGCCUUGACUUCCAUGCGAUUCUGCUGACGCUCAACUCCAGUGCCGUACUUUCGUGUGGUGGAUAUGGUGGAAAUGCUACCUGGACGAAUCCGUCCUUGGCUCAAUUCUCUGAGGGAUCUCGGCCUGUGGAUCUGCGGACACGGGUGGAUGGAAAUGGGACACUUAAGCUGUCUUCCAUAACCAGGGAGGAUGGAGGCUUUUACUGGUGCAGUCGCGCUGACAACACUACCGCCUCUUCCGUCUGGCACGUAAUGAUCGACCCAUGGUUCCGUCACAAUGUGGAAAUGGAAAGCAUCACCUACGGAUGGUUCGCGGGACUGGGCACGCUUUUGAUCGGUAUCACUGUGGGCAUGAUGAAGGUCGUGGUGCGCCUGUGUUGUCCGCAGUGUCACGCACGGGACAGUGCCGCUGCCCGUGUCCAGCAGGUCCGGCAGCUGAUUGUCAAUCUUGAAGAAUAUCGACAUGACCAAGCCACGCGCAUGCGCGAUAACUACAACUCCCAGGUGAACAAACUGAAAGAAAGCUGUGCUCAGCAGAUGGAAAGUCUUCGCGAUCACUACGGGACCAAAAUAGCACGUUUCCGCAACUAUCGCCUCCCGCUGGGCAACUUCCGCGAACAGUACUGGCAGCAGUGCAGCCGGAUACGCGAUUACAGUUCGGUACAGAUGGAACGACUGCAGGACAACUACGCCAAGAAUCUGGGACGAUUACGCACGUACAGUGUGGUGCAGUUGGAACGCUUUCGUGAGCAGUACAAAAUCCAACACAAGCAUAUGGUGAAAAUUCUGGAAGCCAUGAAUUUUAACAUGGAAACAUGUCGCAGCGGGGAGAUGACGCCGGGGGAUUCUAUGGCUUUGAAUAUAGAACUGAGUCUGGCCAAUAUGCCCAUGGAGUCGUCGGUGGGACGGGGUCGGUCGGCUUCGUCGGACAGUAUAACCAUUGAGCAGGGUGAGACGGAGUUUAUUGUACAAGUUGGUAUGGAAGUGCCCUUACGCUUCGAAAUGCAGUCGUCCUCCCUGAUGGAUGCUUCCAGUCUGAAUUAUGCUACUCCGCCGACGGGGAGCUUCUUUGAUCAAGAGGAAGGUGCACCACCGGUGUUGAGUGAGAAUAAAGUAUUAGAAGGGACGGAAAAUAGUGCAGAAGGGCUCGAAACUGGAUUGGGUCAAGGAAAUGAAAAUGGAAGUGGUGAUAAAGCGCUGACAUAUUUUGAAUCGCCUGUCUAAACUAUUUUUCUUUUUUUUUGUUCUUAUUCGGUUUUACUGGUGUGAACUCUGAAUUGACGUUUCAAACAGUUUGGCAUCUCUCUGAAAUUUUACUCAGAAAUUAUGUAGUAGGUAGUUUUAUUCAGAUUACUUUGUGAAAAUGUUUUCGCGUAGUAAGAAAAAGAUCAAUAAUACGUCCGGCCUCAUAG